CAUUUGGCUCAGAGGCGCAUAAACCGUGCAUCACUUGUCAUCCCGCUGCAUUCAUCCAACUCAACUCUGACCGGUCAUAAAUAUGAUCUGGCUCUGCUUCACAUUGGUGUUGUCAUUUACUUCAGUCAUCUCUGAUCAAAACAUUGACUCAAGCCACAUCAGAGUUUUUCCAGGGAAAGAUCAAAGUGUUGCUGGAGUAUUUCAGGUUAGUGACUUAAAUUACCUGAACCAGCCUCAGUACUCCUACAAUGCCUCUGAUGCUCGGAGCCUCUGCUUGUCCCUCGGAGUGAACAUCGCCUCAAAGGCACAAGUGCAGGAAGCUCUCACUCGAGGUCUCGAAACAUGCAGAUAUGGAUGGAUUGAUGAACAUUUAGCAGUCAUUCCCCGCGUCAACGCCCUUCUUAAUUGUGGAAAAAACAACACUGGCUUGGUGACAUGGCGAGUCCAUGUUACAAGGAAGUUGGAUGUGUUUUGUUUCAAUGAAUCAGAUGCAGCUAGACAAUUGAAGGAUGCAACCACUGAUAGCCCUUCGGACAGGACGGAUUUCUCGGGGCAAACUCAGUCUUCUUCGAGAGCAGCAAGCUCAAGCCCGACCUCUUCCUCCUCAACUCCUACAACCAUAGAUUACAGGGCAAAACCAGCCCGGUUUGUGGGCGGCUCACAAAGCUCUGCUGGAGCAAAGGCAAUACUCAUCACCUCAACUUGUGGCCUUUUCCUUAUCACAAUAAUCAUCCUUGCAUUCAUAAAACUGAGAAGAAGUCGAGCAGUGAGCACAGACAUUAAGCAGGCAGAAGAGUACAUCCAGACGGUGGAGUGGACGUCUGAGGAGAAAACCGAGGAGGCUGCUCAGGAAGAGGAGAGAAUGGAAGAUGAGAGAAUAGAAGAUGAGAGAAUGGAAGAUGAGAGAAUAGAAGAUGAGAGAAUAGAAGUGGAAGAAAAUGCAAGUUAAACAUUUCUGAUGAGAUAUCUUUAAGAAGCCCUCAAUGGACCUCUACCAUGUAAUAAUCUUUUUUAGAACAACAAUUGUCCCCUUGUUUGUUUUUUUUAAGUUCUGUGAAAGAGUGGCCUUUAAGGGUGUUUUAUUUUGUAAAUGUUAUGUGUAUGUUUUUUCAGCCCUCUGAUGUUAUUAAAUGGUGCAGUUCAGCCACUAGAUGGUAA